AUGGCUGAUGAAAACUAUACAAGGAUCACAGAAUUCAUUUUUGUAGGCUUGAGAUAUCAUCCCCAACUCCAGGUCUUUCUUUUCUUGCUAUUUCUACUCUUUUACCUCAUGACUAUGACAGGAAAUUUGGGCAUGAUUAUUCUCAUCUGGUUCGAUUCCCGCCUUCACACACCUAUGUACUUUUUUCUCAGUCACCUGUCUUUUGUGGAUAUCUGCUUUUCCUCAGUUGUGGGCCCAAAGAUGCUCACUGACUUCUUUGCUGAAAAGAAAGCCAUCUCUUUCCUGGGAUGUGCCUUGCAGCAGUGGUUCUCUGGGUUCUUUGUAGCCAUUGAAUGCCUUCUCCUGGCCUCCAUGGCCUAUGACCGCUAUGUGGCCAUCUGCAACCCAUUACUGUACUCAGUUGCCAUGUCUCAGAGACUCUGCAUACAGCUGGUGGUUGGACCCUAUGUCGCUGGUUUCCUAAACACCAUGACACACACAACAGCUGCCUUUCGACUUCCUUUCUGUCACUCGAAUGUCAUCAAUCACUUCUUCUGUGACAUGUCUCCCAUUCUUUCUCUCAUAUGCGCUGACAUACGGAUCAAUAAAUUGUUAGUUUUCAUCGUGGCUGGAGCUGUACUAGUCGUCAGUAGCCUGACCAUUAUAGUCUCCUAUUUUUACAUAGUUACUGCCAUCCUGAGGAUCCGCUCUGCUGAUGGGAGGCGCAAAGCCUUUUCCACCUGUUCUUCCCACCUAACAGCCGUUUCCAUCUUGUAUGGGACUCUCUUCUUUAUCUAUGUGCGGCCAGGUGCAAUUUUUUCUCUGGACCUCAAUAAAGUGGUAUCGGUGUUCUACACAUCAGUGAUCCCCAUGUUGAAUCCACUCAUCUACAGCUUGAGAAAUAAAGAAGUGAAAGCUGCCGUGGGUAGAAUGAUAACAAAGAAAAGGUUUUUCAUUAAAAUUUAA